AUGGUUAAACAUUACUGCCCUACUUGUCAAGAAAAAGUUAAGUUGAAAGAUUUAUCAAGCCACCUUGAUAAUCAUAAGGUUCAACAAUCAUUAAAAAUCUAUAGUCGAGUAUCAAAAAAUAUUAGCAUUAGUCCUUCAAUAAAUGAAAAUACCGCAAUGGGCCAACAAAUCUUACAAAAUUUGCAGAACACUGGCACCACGUUCGAGAAUGUGUGUACAGAAACCGAAACGUACGAAGACGAACCUAUGGAUUGCGAUUACGAAAAAGAAAAUGUCGCGUUCGUUGAGGAAUCAAAACGCCUGCUUGCAGAUGAAGAAUUCCAAGAUCAGAACAUGGAUCCUGAAAAAGAAUAUUUGACCCAGGAAAAAAAAGAUGUGGGGAAAAAAUUAGAAAUUUUCAAGAAAACCGUUCAAACACCGAUUUGUAUUGACACACAAGGCUGCACGAGAUCUCUUGAUUUGACUGAAAAAGCCAGUUUGAAGAUAAGAGAUAUCAUGACAAAGCGGGCAGUAUCAAAAACUGCGUCAGAAGAAUUAAUUGCAGCAUUUAAUAAAUGCGAUGCCAUCUCCAGUAAGAGCAUAUCCAGAGUAGACUCAGAUACGUACGACAUGUGUCGUAACGGCUGUUACAUGUUUGUGGAUGAUGAACAAGAGAGAGGACAGACUGAGUGUCCAAAUGUUUCUUGUAAAGCUGCGAGAUACACCGAUAAUGCUACAGGUGUACCUGUAGAAACUCAUACGCAGUUAUCUCUCGCAAAGCAAUUCGGAAAUUUCCUGACUCAACAAAGAAAUGUCAACAACAUCAACGCAUAUAGAGAAGAGAGACAAUCUUCGUCUGGAUCUUACAAAGAUGUAUUUGAUGGUAGUGCCUGGAAGAACAGCCAAGAUAUAGAAGGUAAUAAAAUGAUCUCAUUGGCUUUACAUGCCUGUGGUGAUCCACCUACUGUUGUUACUAAUCACACCAUAAAACAAUAUUAAAAUUAAAUCUCACUUCAUCACCCCAUACAUUAUUACAUCACAACACGAACUAUUUUCUUAUACAUUAUAUCAUAUCCAAC